GAACACACAUAAAUGAAGAAGCAACAAAAGCAGAAAAGAGAAAGAGAAGUUGGCGUCUCACAGUCAUAGAAAUAGAAAUAAUAGCUGAAAAAUAAAAGUCACAGUUUACAAACAAAUACACCACCGUUAACACUUCCGUUACUUAUAACGAUUUCUGCUUCUGUUUCCACCGCAAACACGUACACGGCGUUAUAUAUAUAUAAACCUCACUUCCUUUCUUCUGCUUCUGCGUUUCGAACACGAUGACCGCUCCAUAAUCAUUUUCCCUCUUUUUUCUCAAUUUCCAGUUUCAGAGUUUUGCUUAUCAAUUGAGAUUUAUAAAAAGCUGGAAAUUUUCAAUUUUCGUUCUGUUUUUGGAAGCCGUUGUGGUCACGGUUGAAAUUGCUGUAUAAGUUAUUUAGAGGAGGACGUAGGAUUACAGUUCCUUGUUGUUGGAAAUUAAGGUUGGCUUUUGAGUUUUCUAUUGUAAUAUCCCUGGUGUAGAUAAUUUGAUUUUUGUUUUAUUCAUAGGCAUAUUUGGAAUAGUAUUUUUCUAUAUAUUUACUAUUUAUAUUGACCAUUUUGUAUGUAUGCAGUUAACAUGGGUGCAGCUUGUUGUGUUGCUGCAAAGGAUCGUAGUAUUACUAACAGAACUGGAGGUGAAAGUUUGCAUAGGGAUGUCACACGUUCACCGUCAUGGAGCUUUCGGUGGGAUAGUCUGGGGCGUGUUGCUGAUGAAGUUCAGAAUCCUUCCUAUUCCACGUCUCAUGUAUUCAGCAGAAAUACCAGCAUGGAGUUUAAAGGCUCGCUAAGUUCUGAAAGAGGUAAUUUAUCUGAUGGGGGAAGCAUGCUGGACAAUUCCGCAACUAUUUCGCUGAAGUCCCCUGUUAGCGAGGCAUUGGCUGCAAACAUAAUGACACCAUCUUCUGAUCUGUCCAUGUCAAGCAAUUUUUCUACAGUGGGGAAGAAUCCAGGAGAAUCUUCAAUACCAAAUCAUUCAUUUUCAAUACCUUCAGUUUUCUCAACACCUAUAGCAGGUCCUUUAUCUAAUCAUGGUUAUCAACAUCUUCCCAAUUCUACCCCAACAAGAUCUGCACAUCGAUCUCUGGGACACCCACUGUUGAGACAGAUUUCUGAUAAUCAGAUCAUGGGUCUAAAAUCACCAGACAGCUCAAUUUAUGAAGGAAGGGUAUCAUUUGUACUCUCCACUUGCAGCAAUGAAAUUGAAGCUAUAUCCCAAUGUGGAUCGUCUGAUGGUUGGUCGAUGCACACCUUUUCUGAGCUGGUUGCCUCCUCGCAAAGGGGAAGGUGGUCUUUUGACAGCGAGUGUUUUGGCUCGGGUCGUCGCAAGAUAAGUGGAUCCAGCAGCAGGCUGUCAUAUUCACCUUCCAUGGAUCUACAAUCUUGUGGGACGUGCACAAGGCUUUUGUCUGAUAAAUCAGCAUGGGGCAACCACAAAUUUAUUGGCAACAGUGACCUCUCAGUUGUUGCCGUACUAAUAUGUGGUCAUGCAUUUCAUGCAGAUUGCUUAGAGACUAUGACUGCAGAGGCAGAUAAGUAUGAUCCAUCGUGUCCAAUUUGUAUGGCUGGCGGCGAUAAGCACUUUCUAAAGUUGUCAAGAAAAGGUUUUCGAGCUGAAGCAGAGAUGAAGGCCAAGAACCACAAGAUAUCCAGAAAUCGUGUAGUUGAUAGCUACCUUGAUGGUGGUUUUGAUGUUUUUGAUCGCCAAAAAGAUAUUGAAUUGGGAGGAAAUGUUUCAAAGAUGGAGGCUAGCUCCAGUACAAGGAGCUCAGUUGGAAAGCCCUUCUUGAAGAAGCAUUUUUCACUUGGGUCAAAGUGGAACCGAUCUCUGUCUGAGAAUGAUUGUGCAAGGAAGAAAGGCUUUUGGGCAAGAUAUAAAAAAGAUUGAGUUCCAUUUGUUGUAAGAAUCAGCCAUUUCUAAUUACAGAAGUAAUAUUACAGAAGUAACAUAACAUUGUCGAUUUAGAAUUUAGUAUUUUCUAUGUAGUCUAACUUUACUGACAAUUUAAAUCCUUUUAAGUUAA